AUGUCCCUCAAAACAGCAAAGAAAAUCUGGGAUUAUCUCAAGGCUGAAUAUGAAGGAGAUGAGAGGAUUCGUGGAAUGAAAGUCCUGAAUUUGAUUAGGGAUUUUGAGUUGCAGAAGAUGAAGGAGUCGGAGUCGGUGGAAGAGUACUUUGACAGACUUCUCAGCAUUGCCAACAAAGUGAGACUGCUUGGUUCUGUGUUAAAUGAUUCCAGGAUCGUUGAAAAGUUGCUAGUCACUGUUCCAAAGAAGUUUGAAGCCACCAUUACUACUCGAGAACACCAAAGACUUGUCAAAUAUUUCUCUUACAGAGCUCUUGAAUGUUUUACAAGCACGAGCAGAGGAGAAUCAAGCGAGAGCUGGUUGAUUGACAGUGGGUGCACAAAUCACAUGACAAAUGACAAGAAGUUUUUUGAGGAAUUAAGAGACACUAAAGUUAAGAGAGUGUGGAUUGGCAAUGGUGAACACUUGGAAGUCAAGGGAAAAGGUACAAUAGUUAUAACAAGCUAUGAAGGUAUAAAAUUUAUUCCAAAUGUUUUAUUUGUACCUAAAAUUGAUCAAAAUCUCUUAAGCGUUGGUCAGUUACUUGAUAAAGGCUAUAAAGUGUUGUUUGAGAAUACGCAGUGCUUGAUCAAAGAUGCUAAUGGCAAAGACUUGUUCAAUGUAAAAAUGAAAGGAAAAACCUUUGUUCUAAAUCCGAUGGAGAAAGAGCAGAUGGCCUUUAUAUCCAGAACUAGUGCCACUGAGAUUUGA